AACCACCCAUGUGUGAGGGACGCGGAUGCCUCGCUUGCUGUACGGAUUGGACAUCACUGUGACAGGGGCGGGUCAUUCUGCAUUGGAUUGGUUGUGCGAGAUGUCCCUGUGACUGUAGGGUUCGGCUGCGCUGUAUUGGAGGAGACGCUGCCCUUCUGGAGCCUGGAAGCACUGAGUGCGGAUUGGAGCUGCUGUUUUGCUUCUAUCCAUCCAGCUAAUGCCAGGUGCCCUGCUGCUACUCACGUCAAAUGUCCAGUGCUGAGUCUCACAUAAGAGGAGCUGAUAGGUUGAUGCAGGUGUCCCAUCAUCCAAUCAUGUACCUUGCGUCUGAUCCGGAACAGAUGGAUUUGAUGUCUGCACUGGAAUAGAUUAUUUUUCUUGUGUCUGCGCUCUGCCUAUCUAAUCAGUAUGGCAUUCCAGAGAGCGGAGGGCAUGUCCAUUAUCCAGGCUUUGGCUAUGACCGUGGCAGAAAUACCCGUAUUCUUGUACACAACCUUUGGACAGACUACCUUCUCUCAGCUCAGACUGUCACCAGGGCUGCGGAAAGUCCUGUUUGCCACCGCUCUGGGAACAGUGGCCCUGGCCCUGGCCGCUCACCAGCUAAAAAGGCGAAAGCAUAAGAAAAAGCAGAUAACAGCAGAUAGCGGAGGCCUGAAGCCGGGCGGGGUCCCUGCAGCAGUCUUACCUGUAAGACACACCUCUUCUGUACAGAAAGGAUACACUCGUAGGGUGCAGAGCCCAAGCUGUAAGAGCAAUGACACACUCAGUGGCAUUUCAUCUAUUGAGCCAAGCAAGUACUCAAGCAAGCACUCAAGUUCCACUCACAGUCUGGCUUCAGUGGUGGCUGUGAACUCCUCCAGUCUGAAUGCUACAUCCCCAGGACCGUGGCAGUCUGAGGAGCUGGAUGAACAGUUAGGGGCAGAUGACUCCAAUGCAGAAAACCUUUACAUACAAGGAAUUGAGCUGUUUGAAGAAGCUCUGCACAAAUUCGAGCAGGCUCUUAACGUUGGACAACGGUGCAGCUCAAAUACCCCAACUGCUCAGAAUAAUGAGCUCAGUGAUCGUCUCUCCGAGGGCCUACCUGAGGGCUCUCAAAAUAAGGAUUUUUCAGGUAAACUAGAGGCCUUGCUGAAUCGUGCCUACAACUUGCAGGAAGGAUUUGGCAGCAUUCCUCCCGAUAACAUGCUGCUGGAUCUGGAAGGAGCGCUGCAGUUCCCACUGGGGGAAGGCAGGAGAAUGCUGCGCAUGGAUGACGACCUAAGUACAAUAUCAGAGGACUCCUUUUUCUCUGCAGUGGAGCUUUUUGAUGCUUUAUCGAUGAACGAAGGCUCGUUUAUUCCCCCCAAGCCGGCAGCGGCAUAUGAAGAGGCAAUGAGGCUGGUACAGGGUGGAGAAGUGGCUUGCCGGACAGUGAGAACGACGUUGCUGGGAUGUUAUAAUGACCAGGACUUUCUGGCCAAGCUGCACUGUGUCCGUCAGGCCUUCCAGUUGUUACUUCAGGAAGAAGGGAACCAGUUGUUUUUUGGCGAAGUUGGGAAGCAGAUGGUGACGGGACUUAUGGUGAAAGCUGAAAAGAACCCUAAAGGAUUCAUUGAGAAUUAUGAAGAGAUGGUGCGUUAUUCUCUAAAGGAAGAGACGUGGCCCACCACACAGAGAGAGCUCGAAGGACGAGGGGUGGUCUGCAUGAACUUCUUUGACAUAGCACUGGAUUUUAUCCUAAUGGACGCCUUCGAGGACCUAGAAGACCCACCGAUGUCUGUGAUUGCUGUACUGCGUAAUCGCUGGCUGUCCGACAGCUUCAAGGAAACUGCACUGGCAACGGCUUGCUGGUCCGUUUUAAAAGCAAAACGGAGACUUCUCAUGGUUCCAGAUGGCUUCAUAUCACAUUUCUACUCCGUAUCGGAGCAUGUCAGCCCAAUAUUAGCAUAUGGAUUUCUCGGUCCGAAAGAGAAUUUAACAGAAAUCUGUAAUUUUUUUAAGUUCCAGAUAGUGCAGUAUUUAAAGGACAUGUUUGACCUGGAUAAGGUGAGAUACACUACAGUCCAAUCCCUGGCAGAAGACAUCCAGCAUCUUUCACGCAGACGCAGCGACAUCCUCCUGGGAUACCUUGGUGUGGACACAGUGCGUGAGAUGAAUGGGGAUGUCCCUGCUGGAGACAGAGCCCAGGAUCUCCACCUCUAACUGCAGUGAUGGAAGCCACGCUGAAGGACUUUAGGCUGCACUGAUGUACAGAUAACCGGAAUCUAGGGCAGCGGGAGGAGAUGGAAAAAAAUCCCUGCUGCUGGUUUUACUAUUUUAAUUUAAAUUAUUACUUGCACAAUUUUUACGCCCAUUAUCUGUCGGCGGACACGAAUGGAGAUCACGGAUUUUAAUUCAUUAUUUGUAUUAUAAACUAUUUACAAAGCAAACUAUGAAGGUAAAAGACAAAAGGUUGUAACUUGAUUUUUUAUUUUAAUUUGUGGUUUUUGUUUAUGAAUGUUGUUUAGU